GUUUAUACCGGAUUCGCUAGAUUAACUAUUUAUUCUCCCUGGAUAAUUUAUAUAUUUGGAUUUGCAAAAUUUUCACUUUUUGAUUCUCUCUUUUUUUUUUUUCACUUACUUCUGUAGUUCCUUCGUUUGUAUUCAUCCACUGACUCUCGUUUAUUAGGUGUUUGAAGUAUGUUGUUCAAGAACUUAUUUGGUGCUGCCUUAAUGGCCAGCUCUUAUUUCAUGUCUGCAGUUAAGGCUGAUGAUUUACCAGAAAUUGAAAUUGUCGGUAAUAAAUUCUUCUAUAAAGAAAACGGUUCUCAAUUCUAUAUUAAGGGGGUUGCUUACCAACAAAAUACUGAAAACACUACCGGAUCUUCUUUCAACGAUCCUUUGGCUGAUGUUGCUGCUUGUAAAAGAGAUGUUCCUUAUUUACAAGAAUUAGAAACUAAUGUUAUUCGUGUUUAUGCUUUGAAUGUCUCUUUGGAUCACACUGAAUGUAUGAGUUUAUUACAAGAUGCCGGGAUCUACGUGAUUGCUGAUUUAUCCGAACCAAAUGACUCAAUUGAUAGAUCUUCUCCAAAAUGGAAUGUCGAUUUAUAUAAUAGAUACACCGGGGUGGUUGAUUUAUUCCAAAACUAUACUAAUGUCUUGGGGUUCUUUGCCGGUAAUGAAGUUACUAAUGACGAUACCAACACUGAUGCUUCUGCUUUUGUUAAAGCUGCAGUUAGAGAUACUAAAGCUUAUAUCAAGGCCCAAGGUUACAGAACUAUCCCAGUUGGUUACUCUGCCAAUGAUGAUUCCAAAAUCCGUGUUGCCUUGGCUGAUUAUUUCGCUUGUGGUGACGAUGAUGAACGUGCUGACUUCUUUGGUAUUAACAUGUACGAAUGGUGUGGUUCUUCUUCUUUUAAAAAAUCGGGUUACGAAACCGCUACCGAACAGUAUGAAAACUUGGGUAUCCCAAUUUUCUUCUCUGAAUACGGUUGUAAUGAAGUCACUCCAAGAAAAUUCCAAGAAGUUGGUACCCUUUACGGUGAUGACAUGACUGGUGUUUGGUCCGGUGGUAUCGUUUACAUGUAUUUCCAAGAAGAAAAUAACUACGGGUUGGUUUCAAUUAAAGAUGAUAAAGUCUCCACUUUGGACGAUUUCAACAACUUGAAAUCUCAAUUGCAAAAAAUCUCUCCUUCUUCCGCUCAAGCCUCCGCUGAAUCGGCCUCCUCCGUCUCCGGUACCUCUUGUCCAACCCAUACUUCUGUCUGGAGUGCUUCCACUGAUUUACCUCCAACCCCAGAUGACGAAGUUUGUGACUGUAUGUUGGACUCCUUGGCUUGUGUUGUUGCCGAUGAUGUCGACUCCGAUGACUACUCUGAUCUUUUCAGUUAUGUCUGUGCUAAAAUUGACUGUGGUGGUAUUAACGCUAAUGGUACUACCGGUAAAUACGGUGCUUACUCUCCUUGUAGCAGCAAACAACAAUUAAGUUACAUUCUUAACUUAUACUACUUGGAUCAAGAUUCUUCUAAAUCCGCUUGUUCUUUCAAAGGUAGUGCUAGCUUGAAAUCUGCUUCCACCGCUUCCUCUUGUUCUGCUUACUUAAAGAGUGCUGGUUCUUCUGGUUUAGGUACUGUGUCUGGUUCCAUCCACACCACUAAACAUACCGAUAUCACUAAAUCCUCUAGUGCUACCGGUUCUUCUGGCUCCGGCUCUGGCUCUGGCUCUGGCUCUGGUUCCGGUUCUUCUGGUUCCAGCUCUAGCUCCAAAUCUGGUGCUUCCAACUCCGUUGCCGUUGACUUUAUCUCUAAAUCAUUAAUGAUUGGUGCAGGUGUCAUCUUUGGUGCCGGUUUAAUCGUUGCUUAAAUUAUCUAAAAGAUUUUCCUUUCUACUUUUUGUUCCUCUACAUAUUUACUCUUUCUUUUCGCUUCUUCUUACCUCAACAUUAUCGUUUGAGAGUUUUAUGGGCUUUAUUUAUGUAUUUUAUAUUGAUGAAUAUUCAUUUUCAAAAUACUUACCCAUUAAUUAAGGUUACAUCUUUUUUUUUUUUUUCCACCCUUUUUCUCUGGCUCUUCUAACUAGCGCACAAUAUUGUCUAUAUGAAUGAA